AUGAAGAAAGCUGCUUGGGAGGUUUUUAUGACAUCACUUCCAUUCAAAUUCCAUUGGUUAGAACUCAGUCACAUAGCUUCACCUAAUGGUUUUUUUAACCACUUAACCUAUUUUCUGGCUGCUGGUGCUGUUACUUUGGGAAUUGGUUUCUUUGCUUUGGCAUCAGCUUUGUGGUUCCUGAUUUGCAAGCGAAGAGAAAUCUUUCAAGAUUCCAAAUUUAAAGCAAUUGAUGAGAGAUGCAGUCAGAGACCUUCAAAGGCGAAGAUUAAAUCUCAUUCUCAGUGUGUUUUUAUUUCUCGAAAUUUUCAUACUGGAAGAUUCCAAUUACAGGAGGAGCAAAGAAAAACGGAAACAGAGCAUAUAAAAGCAAUUAAAGAUCAUUCUAAAGAUGAAUUCUGCCUUGCAACAAAGAAGGUUAUUUGUGACCCCUCAGAGACAAGCUCGGCAGCAAAUCCCAGCAGUGUUACCUUAAGCUUAUCAACAUUACCAUCUGAUUCUUACUACAGCCAAAGUAUAGAAGUAGCUGAUGACUGGUUUUCUGAUGAUUCUCUAGUGAGAAAGAGCCCUCCAAUGCCUUUUCUUGGGGAGCCUCUAAUGGAAAAAGUAUUUUCAUACUUGUCAACCAUUCCACUAGAAGACUGUACCGGAACUGUACUAAAUAUGACACUUUAUGAUGAUCAAAAAGAUGACAACAUUAAGGAAAUAUUUACACGAAGAAAUACAGAGGUUGAAAUACAAAACCUUCAACAUAAUAGUGAAUGAUUUUUUCUUUUGAAACUUUGUGUGCACUGAAAUCAUGUAAAGUUAAAAGUGAAUUACCAGCUUCUGAGUCUCUUAACAUG